GCUCGGGCGGGUGUGUUUUGCUUUUCUCUCUCCCCGGGCGGACAGUGUCAGCGGGCGUUGGGAGAAUUGGAACCCCGGAUGGAAGCGGCCGUCAACCCGCCUCACGACAGCUCCCUAGUCGGGUUGUCCAGUGGCGGGAUGGACCAGCACAGCAGCUCGGGCAAACGCAUUCGCAAGCCCUCCCUGCUGUACGAGGACUUUGAGAGCCCCUCCCUGCCGCACACCCUGCCCCAGGGCCCCCCAGCCCCGAUGCAGCCCCUGGUCAAGGAUCCCAGCCGCCAAGGCCGGAUGACCAACCAGCUGCAGUACCUCCAGAGGACCCUGGUUAAGAGCCUGUGGAGGCACCACUUUGCCUGGCCUUUCCAUGAGCCUGUGGAUGCCUCCAGGCUCAGCCUACCAGAUUACCAUAAAAUUAUUAAACAGCCCAUGGACAUGGGGACCAUAAAAAAGCGCCUUGAGAACAGCUUCUACCGCUGUGCAAGUGAGUGCAUACAGGACUUCAACACCAUGUUCACCAACUGCUACAUCUACAACAAGCCCACAGACGACAUUGUGCUGAUGGCCCAGUCCCUAGAGAAGAUCUUCCUGCAGAAAGUGGCCCAGAUGCCCCAGGAGGAAGUGGAGCUCCCACCUCCAACUCCUCGAAACAAAAACAACAGGGGAAAAGGUCGCAAGUCUAGUUCAUCCAGGGCUCAGCAGGUGCCAGCAGUGUCCCAGUCGGCCUACUCCCCUUCCUCCUCAGACACUGGGGAGUCCAUGCUCGCUAACUCUCCCCAGACUGUGCUGACCAAAAGCCUCCCCCCCGCCAACAUCAUGGGCCUGCCUCCUACACAGCCCACAACCAAGAAGAAAGGUGUGAAAAGGAAGGCAGACACCACCACCCCCUCCAACAUGGGCUUUACUGUGGGCAUUUCGGGUGUGGGCAUGUCUGGAGCGACCCACAUGGUAGGUUUAGGGAAAGGCGGACACGGGGGCCAAGUUCACGACACCUCCAUGCACACCAUCUCCAUGGGGGGCAUGGGCUUAGACACUCCACCUGGGAUGGGCCUGGUCAGGAGCGCUGGAGGUCCUGUCCUCCUCCAGCCAAUGAUGGCCGGUGGUGGACGCAGGGUCGGCAGCGGACGUCCCAUCAAACCCCCCAAGAAGGACUUGCCCGAUUCGGUCCAGCCUCAGGCCUUGAAGAAGAGCAAACUGAGUCCUCAGCUGAGGUACUGCAGCGGGCUGCUGAAGGACAUGCUGUCCAAGAAACACGCAGCGCUCGCCUGGCCUUUCUACACACCUGUGGACACCGCCGCCCUGGGACUUCACGACUAUCACGACAUCAUCAAGUGUCCCAUGGACCUCAGCUCCAUCAAGAGGAAGAUGGACUGUCGUGAAUACAGGGAGGCGCAGCAGUUUGCCAGCGAUGUCCGACUCAUGUUCUCCAACUGCUACAAGUACAACCCACCUGACCACGAUGUUGUCGCCAUGGCUCGGAAGCUGCAGGAUGUUUUUGAGUUCCGUUUUGCCAAGAUGCCCGACGAGCCACACAUGGACCGUACAAACAUGUCCAUGAGUGGCAACCCAACAUCCUCUUCGUCCUCUUCCUCCUCCUCUUCCUCGUCAUCGUCCUCUGGCUCUGAGAGUGAGCCCAGCAGCGAGAGUGAGGCGAGCGAGAGCAGCCCCAGCUCCGACAGUGAAGAGGAGCGAGCACAUCGCUUGGCUGAGUUGCAGGAUCAGGUGUGCACACAACUCAAAGCCAUGCACGAGCAGCUGGCCGCCCUCUCUCAAGGUCCCAUUGUCAAGACCAAGAAGAAAAAAGAGAAGAAGGAGAAAAAGGAGAAGAAGAAAAAGAAGAAGCUGGAGAAGAAGAGUCGAGGCAGCAGGAGCAGAGCGGGCUCUGAGGAAUGGAAGAUGCCGGGAAAAAUCCUCAAGAGCAAGUCUGCCAGAGAAGGUGGCUCGCAGACCAAGAAGAGCCAGGGGAAGAAGAGUAACAAGAACAGCAAGAGCGCAAAGAAGCCCUUCGAGCCGCCGGCGGCCCCUUCCAUGCUGCCGCACUACGACUCGGAGGAGGAGGACGAGAUCGUGCCCAUGUCGUACGACGAGAAGCGCCAGCUAAGCCUGGACAUCAACAAGCUGCCGGGGGAGAAGCUGGGUCGCGUGGUCCACAUCAUCCAGUCCAGGGAGCCUUCCCUGAGGGACACCAACCCGGAGGAGAUUGAGAUCGACUUCGAAACACUGAAACCAUCGACACUAAAAGAGCUGGAGCGCUACGUCAUGACCUGUCUGAGGAAGAAGCCGCGCAAGUCUUUCGGAGAGCCAGCAGGGAAAGGCAGUAUUGGCAAAUCUAAAGAGGAGCUGACUCUGGAGAAGAGGAGGGAGCUGGAGAAGAGGCUGCAGGACGUCAGCGGGCAACUCAACUCUGUCAAGAAACCUACGAAAGCUAAAGCGGAGAAGCCCAGUGCUGUGGAGACCAACGCGCAGCCCGCGCGCCUCAGCGGCAGCAGCUCCAGCUCCGACUCCUCUUCGUCAUCCUCCUCAUCGUCGUCCUCAGACACCAGCGAUUCAGACUCUGGCUGAGAUCCUAAGCAGCCGCUAAGAGUGGGAUAAAAAAACAAAACACUAAUAACUCAGGGACUUGGGCUGGCCCCGGACACAACACACCCUGAAACCGUAGUGGGCUGAGAUAUUAGACACCAUGGCAACAAAAAACCUAAAAUGUUUUGAAUGUGGGACUGAGGGACGUGAAACAAUGUCUCUGUGGAUCAAUAUAGAACCCAAACACUAAAUGCCUUGGUUCCCCUCUCCUCCCCUUUGUAAAUACUUGUACAAAUUUAUGUUUCUUUUAUAAAGAAGAAUUUUAUGGUGAUCCCCCAAAGAGGGAAGUGGAGUAGUUAAAAAAAAAGAAAAGAUGUGGAAAGACGGGCCAUACCCUAAAAUCUGCUUUGGUCGGCCUUUACGCUGUGUCCCCUGGUGGUGAGGGAGUGGAAGAGUCGUUAUUUAUUUGUUUUCUUCAACAACAUUUCCUCAGAUGCUACUGGAAUUUGAACCAGCAACUGUUUUGGUCACGAGCCUACCUUUUCUAACAUCUUGGCCGUCUGCCACACUUAAUCUUUAGACCAACCCCCUUAGACUCGGACUUGAUGAUCCAGAUUGUGAAUAACUGUGUGAUUAUUAGGGGAAAAUAACUUAUUGUGAAGGAGACUCCUCCUCAUGUCCGCAGGUCUGUUUGAGCAGUAAAUGAAAUCCAUGUUUUCUGCCAUAUUCCGGUCAAAAGUUAAACUUGGUUACAGCUCGAGUUGUGUUUACAGCCAUAAAUCUCCCUCGUUCGACAUUGAGCUUCAUGCAACAGUUUCUCUUUCACAGCUUGUAGUUCUCGUUCUUGUUUGAAAACAAGGUGGAUUUAUAAUACAGUAUAGAUAUAUGGUAAAAUACUGUAAUUUCAAAGUUUGCAAUUGAGUUUCCUUAUUUAUUUUGUCUCGAUCUACGUGGCAGUGUUUUCAGACUUGAGCGUGACCCUGAUUGAAUUACUGUCUGUCUUCAGUAUUUUGAAAGCAGCUCAGCUUUGGUGUUGUUCUCAACGUUUGUCCUUCACAUCGAACAGGAACAACACAGGCUGCUGAAUGUCAUCAGGUCCCAGAGCAGGUUUCUAAUCCUCACACGAGUGAAGGGUUGAA